AUGGUUAACCACUUCGUUCAGGAGUUCAAGAGGAAGAACAAGAAAGAUAUUAGUGGGAACGCAAGAGCUUUGAGGAGAUUGAGAACCGCUUGUGAAAGAGCGAAGAGGACUCUUUCAUCAACUGCUCAAACCACAAUCGAAAUUGAUUCUCUAUACGAAGGAAUCGAUUUCUACUCUACAAUCACCCGUGCAAGGUUUGAAGAGUUGAACAUGGAUUUGUUCAGAAAGUGUAUGGAUCCAGUCGAGAAGUGUUUGAGAGACGCGAAGAUGGAUAAGAGCAACGUACACGACGUGGUUCUCGUGGGUGGGUCAACCCGGAUUCCUAAAGUUCAACAACUGUUGCAGGAUUUCUUCAACGGGAAAGAUCUCUGUAAGAGCAUCAACCCAGAUGAAGCGGUGGCUUAUGGAGCUGCCGUUCAGGCCGCCAUUUUAAGCGGCGAAGGAAACGAAAAAGUUCAGGAUCUGCUUCUUCUCGAUGUCACCCCUCUGUCUCUAGGGCUUGAAACUGCUGGUGGUGUUAUGACGGUGUUGAUACCCAGAAACACCACCAUUCCGACCAAGAAAGAGCAGGUGUUUUCUACUUACUCUGACAAUCAACCAGGCGUUUUGAUUCAGGUUUACGAAGGUGAAAGAACACGAACUAAAGACAACAACCUGCUCGGAAAAUUCGAGCUUUCCGGGAUCCCUCCUGCUCCUCGUGGUGUUCCACAGAUCACCGUUUGUUUCGACAUUGAUGCUAACGGGAUUUUGAAUGUGUCGGCUGAAGAUAAAACGACAGGACAGAAGAACAAGAUCACGAUUACAAAUGAUAAAGGAAGGCUGUCGAAGGAGGAGAUAGAGAAGAUGGUGCAGGAGGCGGAGAAAUACAAGGCGGAGGAUGAAGAGCAUAAGAAGAAGGUGGAGGCGAAGAACACGUUGGAGAACUAUGCGUAUAACAUGAGGAACACGAUUAAAGAUGAGAAGAUUAGCUCAAAGCUGGCGGCGGAUGACAGGAAGAAGGUGGAGGAUGCGGUGGAGGAGGCGAUACACUGGUUGGAUGGGAACCAGCUGGCGGAGGUUGAUGAGUUUGAGGACAAGAUGAAGGAGCUUGAAGGGAUAUGUAAUCCGAUUAUUGCAAAGAUGUAUCAGGGUGGUGCAGGUGGGCCGGAUAUGGGUGGAGAUAUGGAGGAUGACGGACCUUCCACCGGUGGUGGCGCUGGACCCAAGAUUGAAGAGGUGGAUUAA